UCAAAACACAAAACAUUAACCUUUACCAAACCAUGUUCAUUCUUUUAUGCAACGUAUAUAUAUAACAACCUCAAAAAGAAACAUUCUCAUUCACGUUCCUAUUCAAUUAUUCACAACAUACAACACACAAAAAUCUAAACAAAACACCAAAAAUGGAGAUAUUGUCACAAAUGUGGUCAUUGUUAGGGUUACUAACAGUUCUCCAAAACGUACUUCCAACACAGCUUCUCUCAGUGCUUCAUUCACUGUACGAAUCACUUCAAGAUCUUCUUUCUCCAUACUCAUACUUUGAAAUUCCCGAAUUCAACGGUUACUGCGGCGUCGAACUCAACGACCUCUACCGCCACGUCCAUCUCUACCUCAACGCCGUCAACCACUCCUCUGCCACCGCAUGCCGCCGUCUCACACUCUCACGCUCUCCUUCCUCCAACCGCAUAUCCUUCGCUGUUGCACCAAACCACACCGUCCAUGACACGUUCAACAACCACCGUCUCUCAUGGACACACCAUGUAGACACCAUGCAGGAUUCUGUAGAAGAAAAACGCAGCUUCACGCUCCGUUUUCCGAAGCGUCACCGUCACGCGCUUCUCUCUGCGUAUCUCUCUCAUGUCACCUCACGCGCCGAGGAGUUUGAGCGUGUCUCACGUGAACGGAGGCUUUUCACGAAUAAUAACGGAACCGGUUCAUUUGAAUCGGGUUGGGUUUCGGUUCCGUUUCGUCAUCCUUCUACUUUUGAAACGCUAGCACUUGAACCCGAUUUGAAAAAACAAAUCAAAGAUGAUUUAACAGCUUUUGCAUCGGGUAAAGAGUUUUAUCAUCGGGUCGGGCGAGCUUGGAAACGUGGUUACUUGCUUCAUGGUCCACCUGGGUCGGGUAAAUCCAGCCUCAUUGCUGCAAUGGCGAAUUUUCUAUGUUAUGAUGUUUAUGAUUUGGAACUUACGAAAGUUUCUGAUAACUCCGAGCUUCGUUCACUUUUGAUCCAAACAACAAAUCGUUCAAUUAUCGUUAUUGAAGAUAUUGAUUGUUCUGUGGAUUUAACCGCAGAUAGAAUGUCGAAGAAAAAUGGUGCAAAGUCGUUGUCUAAGUCUAAGAAACAUAAAACAACAUCGUUUUCUGGUUCGAGUUGUGAUGAGAGUAGUCGGGUCACACUUUCGGGGCUCCUUAAUUUUACGGAUGGGCUAUGGUCAUGUUGUGGAGAAGAGAGGUUAGUAGUUUUUACAACUAAUCAUAGGGAUAGUGUUGAUCCUGCAUUAGUUAGGUGUGGACGCAUGGACGUGCACGUGAGUUUAAGCACGUGUGGGGUCCAUGCGUUUAGGGAGUUGGCAAAGAAUUACCUUGGGCUGGAGUCACACGUGAUGUUUGAGGCAAUCGAAGGGUGUAUUCGUUCGGGUGGGUCCCUUACACCGGCACAUGUGGGGGAGAUUUUGUUGAGGAAUAGGAGGGAUGUUGAUGUGGCAAUGAGGGAGGUUUUGUCUCUUAUGCAAGGCAGGGUGGUUGUUGUUACAUCUGCUGCUGAUCAGACAGAUAAUGAGGAGUUGGCAAUGAUCGGAGUGAGGUCACCAGAGAGUGUUCUUCUAAUGGGUUCACCGGAGAAUUGGGACUCUUUGAGUGGGAAGAAGAGGAAAGAGCAACAACAUGGGUCCAAUAAUUUAGAUAAGAAGGUUAAGUUUUUUGUGAGGUUGAGGUCGUUGACCAAAUCUGACUCUGGGAGAUGAUGUUUAUUUUAAGAGAGAAAUUUAAUUCAAUGCAACUGUGUUAUGACCUGUGGUUUCAUGUUUUAUUAUUUUGUAAAGCAUAUUAGUGUAUGAUUUGUUUCCGUCUAGUUUUUUUGUACUAUGUAUGGUUUAUUUGUUAAAGAUCCUUGAUUAGAUUCGUUGACAUGAACCAUAUUUGACUAUUUGUAGUUAAUUACUGAACAGAACAACAAGUAACUAUUCUCC